AUGCAGCGCUGGACGCACCAUUUCCGACACGAGGUGCAGACCCAUUUCCGUCAGGCUGCCGCGACCCUCCUCGGGCCGACCGUCAUUGACCCGCAGCAGCACGACAUCGUCAGCUGGGCGCUCAAAGAGGCCCUGUGCGUGCUGGGACCCGGGCUGCUGCUCGACACGGGCAUCCGUAGCGCACGGCACUGCCCGCUGCCCGAGCUGUGCGGCGACCCCAACCCGCCGCCGGUGGUGGCCCAGUUCACGCUCGAGUUCGUGGCUGCCCAGCGCCAGCGCCACCGCGAGCACCGGGCGCGGCAGCUCCGGCAGCGCGAGGAGCGCGUCGUGGCCGUGGCGCGGCGCCUGUGGGCGCGGGUGGUUACCGCCGCACACGAGCAGCCGCACGACGGCAGUAACGCAGUGGCGGUGGUGGUCCUCUUGAGAGGCAUCUCGCUGAUGUUCCGGGUGCUCCGAAACGCAGGCGCCGCUAGUGACGCUUCCAACUUGGCCGGAGGCACUCUUGACGACGGAGGCCUUGACGCGUUCGAUGACCGAUUCACCUCGUGCUUGCUCAACCACCCCAACACCACCGCGGUCAUUGCGGCCGUCCACUGCCUGGCCACCUGGGUUCCGGUCUUUCACCUCCUCCCGCUGGGUCCGGCUCCAGAAGACGUCAGCCGCUCAAGGACCUAUCAGCAGCUCCGCCUCUUGUUCCACGGCGCAGCAGACUCUCGCAUUCGCAGCGCCGUGCUCCAUAUUUUGGUUCGGCUCGAGUGUCCAGGCCUUGUCCAGGACCUGUUGGAGAGGUGCGCCCAAGAGACCGACACUGAGGUGCUGACCCAGCUCUAUCACAAUGGCCAAGCCAUGGUGAGCCAGGAGUCGUUCCACUUGAUCGAGUCUGUAGUGGAUGUGGCCCAGCGUGGUCUGAACCACUACGACAAGCGAGUGGUGGCCGCAGCAAUUUCAACCGUAGUUUGCGUCAUGAUGGCCCACUACCAAAGGCAGGACCGUAGCGAGGACGUGGAUAAACUCUGUUGCAUGAUUGCGAGGGCAGUUAGCCGGCUGGAGAUGAUCAGCGAGCCCGGGGUCGAGAGUCUGCUGCGCCUCACUGCCGCCCGUAUCGCAGCUUACGAGCACCACCACCACCAGAGCAACGGCGCCCUGCUGGAGCGCCUCCCGCAAGAGCUGAAAGAUCUCAUAGGCGAGUGCCGGGCCUCACGGCAGCAGAAUCAAAACGUGGGCGCCUAUAAGGCGCGCAGCAUCACCUCCAAGCUGCCCGCACACCAACCGCUGUGGCGUGCUCUGAGUCAGGUGGCGGCCUCUCAACUGGUGCCCGAGUGCAGCUGGCAGCUCCGUGAGAGUGGGCUCCUGUUGCUGGAGGUCAUGGGGCAAGUUUGGGAGUGGAAGAACAGCGAGAUGCAAGCCUUCGUGGAGGAACACUGGGCCUUCCUCGUUGCAACGCUCAACGACCCUGUGGCUCAAGUGCGCCUCAGAUGUUGUGACACCAUAACUCAGCUGCUCGCGAACGGUCUGCCGAGCAAACAAGACCACGACCGACUGUCGCGUCUUGUAGAUGAAGGCCUUCUCGUCCUGCUCUCCAGCGAACUGAGCCGCGGCAGCCCCGCGCGAGUCCCAACAGCAGCAGCAGAUGCUCCACAGGUGUUCGUUCAAGCGCUCGCCCUCCUCCGUCAGCUCGCCGCGAAUGAAACACAGUGCACGGAGGCCGCAGUUCAACGCGCGUUCGUCGGCUACCUCGCGUGCAUCGCUCACAUUCCGCUGAACCGCCAGCCGGACGUGAUGGAGCGCGUGCUCGAGUGGUUCAAGCGGGACAAGGCCCCGAGGGCGAAGUUGGCCUGUGCAGCACUGGUGACCAUGAUCGAAGAGCACCUCCGGAGCCACGACCUGCGCGCCAUCUGUGCCGGUCUGACUUUCCUGGUCGCGCUCUGGCCACACUUUGAUGUGGACAGCCGGUCCUGUGUGGUGCAAUGCACGGUUCGAGUCCUGGACGCUCGCGGAUUCCCCGACGAGGUACAACACCAAUCUAAUAUUAUUAUAUCUAAUAGAUAUCAUCAUAAAUAA